CCUAUGUCUUCGCUCACUGCAGCCAGGCUGCUUCACGCCGAUAGCUCGCGAGAGGUCAUUGCUGGGGGCCUUCAACACUGUAUUGCGAGCAGGUAUGGUGCAACCAACAGCUGCGGGCUUCAAGCCUGGCGAGCAGUCAGACGACCGCACCACGUCGCCGUCAGUCCAACCGUCUCGGGAUAAACCGACGCCAGUUGCUGCUACCGAGCGGCGGCCUGGAGCUGCAGAAGAAGAUGAGGGUGAGGACCAUGCGGGGGAUGACGCCGACGGUGCUACGGGUACCGAUGGUCUCAGCGCCAAGCAGCGCAAGAAGCAAAAGUACAAGGCAAAGCUAAAGAAGAAACUGGGUAUUGGACAGAAUGCAGACGAGAGUGGCUCCCCGGGCGCGAAAUCGGCUUCCACGGGCAACGCUCAAGAUCGGGAGCUAUCGGAACAGGUGCUCGACUCCAUCAAGGCCGCGGUUGCCAAGGAACACGGUGCUGGGGCCGCACAGAAUGUCAACCGUACGAAUCUGGCCAAGCUGCUCGCCGCCAUGAACCUCGAGAGGGACUUACUCGUCAAGAGGCAAGAAGAAAAAGCGAAGCUGAGCACCCAGAAACAGAUUGCAGAGCACAAGUUCUGGAAGACACAGCCGGUGGCCAAGCCUGAAGAUGGGCCCACGGAGCAAGACGGUCCGAUUGAGCCGAACCAACCUGCCCAUCUUGUUCGCCAAGAACCGUAUCCACUCCCGUCCGACUUUGAAUGGGUUCAAGUGGACAUUGAUGAUGCAGAACAGCUCAAAGAAGUAUACGAGCUGCUCAUCGCCAAUUACAUUGAAGAUGACGAUGCCAGCCUGCGGUUCAGGUACAGCCCUGAAUUUCUCAACUGGGUCUUGCGCCAUCCAGGAUACCACAAAACCUGGCACAUCGGCGUUCGAGUCAAAAGCACGGGCAAAAUGGUCGCUUUCAUUUCCGGUAUCCCUCAUGAAUUGAGAGUUAGGGAUCAAUCCUACCAUUCCGUUGAGAUCAAUUUCCUUUGUGUGCACAAGAAGCUUCGUUCCAAGCGACUCGCACCGAUGCUCAUCAAGGAAGUCACAAGACAGUGCCAUUUAACCGGUGUCUUUCAAGCCAUUUACACGGGCGGCAUCGUAAUCCCCACACCCAUGUCCUGCGCCCGAUAUUACCACCGCACGCUCAACGCGCUAAAGCUGCUCGAGAUCGGCUUCGCCGCCGUACCGCAGAACAUGUCGAAGGAUGCUUGGGCCAAGCGCUACGUUCUCCCUCCGCAGCCGCGGACAAAGGGGCUGAGGGAAAUGCGAGAGGUAGAUGUCAAGCCGGUCGGCAAGUUGACGAGACGCUUCAUGCGCAAGUACGACAUGGCGCCAAGGUUCAGUGAUGAAGAGGUUCGACACCUUUUUCUCAGUGGGAGAGGAGAAGAGGCCGGUGCAGGCAAGAGGGAGAAGCAGGUCACUUGGAGCUACGUUGUGGAGAACGAGGAAGGCCGUAUUACCGACAUGUUCAGCUUUUACAGCCUGCCGUCAUCGAUUUUGGAUAAUGCAAAGCACACGGUUCUGAACGCGGCAUACCUCUUCUACUACGCUACGGAUGUUGGGUUCUCCGACCACCGGCCAUCAGCCAGUGCAGGCGGCACGUCAUCAUCAACGUCGUCCUCCGCCUCUCCAUCCGUGAACCCUUCAUCGUCGCCCUAUGCGACGGCGCCGAUCCCAGAAUCAACCGAAGGACUCGAACCAUGGAAGAAAAGCCAUAUUACCGGACUUAGCGCUGACGAAGCGGCUGAUGAGGAUGGUGUAUUGCGGUGGGACCACGAAGGGAGGGAGGUGAAGGACAAGAUCAAGAAGCGCUUGAAUGAGCUCGUCAAUGAUCUGCUCAUUCUCGCAAAGCAAGAGGGCUUUGAUGUUGUAAACUGUCUCACCGUCAUGGACAAUCCACUCUUUCUAUCGGAGCAGAAAUUCGGCCCGGGCGAUGGGUUCCUGCGCUUCUAUCUCUUUAACUGGCGAGUGAAGCCAAUCCAAGGAGGCAUCGGCUCUCGCGCAGGCGAGGCAGAAUUCGAUCCCGUGGCGCAAUACGUCAAUGCGCAGCACAAGGCGUUCGCCUCGGCGUCUGGCGGAGACAAGGCGAUGUCCAUACAGGACGAAAUUGCCCGAGUCAUGCAGACGAGGCAGCGACCUGAGGAGUACGGCAGCGGGAACGGCAUCGUCAUGGUGUAACGAAGCAUUGCCCUCAAUUUAAGCAAAGGACUAUCUGCCAGAGGCAACGGCGCAUACGAUAGAUGCUUCACCGACAAGCGACGUCGUUUCAUAGGGUCAUAGAUGCAAUCUACCGAAUAGUA